AUGUCUAGAUGGUUAAAUGACACUGACCUCGUCCUCUUCGACUCACCACCCAUACAGACAUCGUCUCAACCGUACACACGGACGCCACUUGACCUCGUCUCACCAAUACAGACAUCAUCCCAACCGUACACUCGGACAACACUUGACCUCGUCUCACCCAUACAGACAUCAUCUCAACCGUACACUCGGACAACACUUGACCUCGUCUCAUCCAUACAGACAUCAUCUCAACCGUACACUUGGACAACACUUGACCUCGUCUCACCCAUACAGACAUUGUCUCCACCGUACACUCGGACAACACUUGACCUCGUCUCACCCAUACAGACAUCGUCUCCACCGUACACUCGGACGCCACUUAACCUCGUCUCACCCAUACAGACAUUGUCUCCACCGUACACUCGGACAACACUUGACCUCGUCUCACCCAUACAGACAUCGUCUCCACCGUACACUCGAACAACACUUGACCUCGUCUCACCCAUACAGACAUCAUCUCAACCGUACACUCGGACGCCACUUGACCUCGUCUCACCCAUACAGACAUUGUCUCCACCGUACACUCGGACAACACUUGACCUCGUCUCACCCACACAGACAUCAUCCCAACCGUACACUCGGACAACACUUGACCUCGUCUCACCCAUACUCACCCGUACACUCGGACGCCACUUGACCUCGUCUCACCCAUACAGACAUCGUCUCAACCGUACACUCGGACAACACUUGACCUCGUCUCACCCACACAGACAUCAUCCCAACCGUACACUCGGACAACACUUGACCUCGUCUCACCCAUACUCACCCACAUCGUCUCCACCGUACACUCGGACAACACUUGACCUCGUCUCACCCAUACAGACAUCGUCUCCACCGUACACUCGGACAACACUUGACCUCGUCUCACCCACACAGACAUCAUCUCAACCGUACACUCGGACAACACUUGACCUCGUCUCACCCAUACAGACAUCGUCUCCACCGUACACUCGGACAACACUUGACCUCGUCUCACCUAUACAUACAUCGUCUCCACCGUACACUCGGACAAAACUUGACCUCGUCUCACCCACACAGACAUCAUCUCAACCGUACACUCGGACAACACUUGACCUCGUCUCACCCAUACAGACAUCGUCUCCACCGUACACUCGGACAACACUUGACCUCGUCUCACCCACACAGACAUCAUCUCAACCGUAUACUCGGACAACACUUGACCUCGUCUCACCCAUACAGACAUCGUCUCCACCGUACACUCGGACAACACUUGACCUCGUCUCACCUAUACAUACAUCGUCUCCACCGUACACUCGGACAAAACUUGACCUCGUCUCACCCACACAGACAUCAUCUCAACCGUACACUCGGACAACACUUGACCUCGUCUCACCCAUACAGACAUCGUCUCCACCGUACACUCGGACAACACUUGACCUCGUCUCACCCACACAGACAUCAUCUCAACCGUAUACUCGGACAACACUUGACCUCGUCUCACCCAUACAGACAUCGUCUCCACCGUACAAUCGGACAACACUUGACCUCGUCUCACCAAUACAGACAUCAUCUCAACCGUAUACUCGGACGCCACUUGACCUCGUCUCACCCAUACAGACAUCAUCUCCACCAUACACUCGGACGCCACUUGACCUCGUCUCACCCAUACUUACCCAGCCCCAGGAGCCAGAGCAGGAGCCCAAUGUGUCAGACCAGGAGCCGGAGGAGCCAGAGCACGGGCCAAAUGAGUCAGAGCAGGAGCCGGAAGAGCCAGAACAGGGGCCUAAUGGGUCAGUGCAGAAGCCAGAGCAGGAGCCAGAGGAGCCAGAGCACGGGCCAAAUGAGUCAGAGCAGGAGCCGGAAGAGCCAGAACAGGGGCCUAAUGAGUCCUAG